GAUGUGUUCACACCCUCAACAAGCAUGCAGCUCAGCUGGGCAAACUUACACUAAGGGCAAACACAAUGUUGGGUGGCAGGUCCGACGAGCCACUCGGCGAGCCACCAUUGUCGAUUUCGCUGUCGCGGCGGUGGAGAGCUUUGCAGCCCGAGCGCCACUCGCCUGCUGUUCGAUUUGCCACAAGCUUGAACUAUGUUGAGUUCGAGCGCGCUUUCGCCACCGAAUGGUGGCAAUGGGUCUUGUGCAAGCCUGUCGCUCAACCGGUCUCUACAUUCAGUGGCGAGUCUCUGUUCCACAUGUACACGCUGGAGCUGUACCCCACGUGCCUGCGAAUGACGAUGCCGCACAACGACUGCUGCACGCACGUGCGGGUGGAGACACGCGAGGUGCCGCUGGGCGCCAUCAGCCGCGUGACGCUGUCGUGCAACGACAUGCUCGCCCUGUACGGCCUAGACCAGCUCAACGUGUGGACGGCGGGCAACACGGAGGAAUCGGGGCCGGAGCUGGCGGUUGCAUGGCUGGCCCGGCCAAUGCAGGCGCGCGACGCAAUCCUGAGCGCGAUGCAUCAGCUUCUUCACAACGAGCGUGGCGGUGGCGCCGCCGCUGCCGCAGGGCAGGCGGAUGGGCACUACCCCCUGUACAACAGCACCAGCAGCCGCCUGCACUUGGGCCUGCACGCAGCCAUUGGUGCUGAGGGCGCGGCGGCUGCGCGGGCCUCAGCUACAGGCCUCGACGGCGCGGCGGCGGCGGCGGCGGCAGGCGAGCGGCAGAAGCUAGGCUGGCAGGGCAAGGGUGGCGUGGGCUGUAGCAGCAUGCGCAGUGACCGUGACCGCGACAGCGGCGGCAGUAGCAGCAUGCUGAGUCACAGCAGCAGCGAGUUGGUCACCACGGCUGCGGCCGCGGCUGCGGCUGCGGCGGCUGCGGCGGCUACCCGGGAGUUGGCGACGUUUUAUCUGCAGCGCAGCCUGCGUGACAUGAACAUCACUGCGGCGGCAGCACUGCAACCGCCGGUGCAGCAGCCGUCGAUGAGCGCCUCUGGCUACUCUGGGGCAGGCAGGCAGGUCCAGGGCCCGGGGCAGGGCCCGGAGCAGGAGCAGAGGCUGCAGCAGGCACUGCAGCUAAAUUUGCACGCACACUACCGCCCUCAACCCCACCGGCAGCAGCAGGUGCCCAGCAGUCUGGGUCCCUGCAUGCGGCCGCACGCGGAGCAACUGCUUUUGGAGACGGAGGUGGCGGCGGUGGCCGAUGCCAAGCAGGCGCCGGGUACCAUGGAGGUGGCGGUCGUGGCCCGGGCGCACAUGCCCGCCGUGUCGCGGCCGCAUGCGCACAUUGAGCUGCCCGCAGCACAUGUGGUGGAGCGGGAUGAAGCUACAGCGCAGCUGCCACCGCCGCCGUGGAUGCUGCCUCCUGCGCUGCAACAGCAGCAACAGCGGUACGAGCACGGCCACUGCUUGCAGACGGAUGCGCUGCUGGCAGCAGGAGGAGGCGGACAGGCACAGGUGCUGCUGGCGGCGCCGGCGCAGCAGGUGCAGCACGAGCAUGACCCGCAGCUGUUUGGGGCUGCGGCUCUGGGCCUGCGGCUCCCGCCGCUGCGUGUGCCGCCGCGGCGCCCCAUCUGGCCCCCGACCGGCCACGAGCCGCUCAAGGCCCAGCACCGCCCCACCGCCACCGCUGCCGGCGGCACAGCUGCCGGAAGUGAGGCUCUGCUGCCGAUCGUGCUAACUAUGCCCCCGCAAGCCCUAGUUGCCACCCGUUGAGAGUGGGACUGAGGCGCAUCUGCUGCAGCAGUGUCCUCGACCUACAGCAGGCCCUGUGGCUGGGCAUUUGGGUGUGCUGUCCUUGCGUUGGUCUAAGAACUUGUAUGUUGCAGCGAGGUCUGAAAGCUGUGUUCAUGCGCUUGGGCUCGCAUGGACCGUUUGCGUUGCUUCCCUGGUCGGGGGCAAUUACAAUCAAUCGUGUUGGGCAUGCCCGAUGCUGAAAGGAGAUGCCCACAUAAGAUGAAGCGAGUGAGUUGCAGUGCGGCCGCCAUGUGUGGCGGAAGCUCUGUGGCUGCGCUGAUGUGAGAUGUGGCGUCCUUACACAAGAGUGCAUGCCACGUAUCUUACUUCCAUCUGGCACAUCUGUGCUUGUGUGCACGCGUGUGAAGCCGUGAUAGUGGGCGUGGGCUGCUGGGAGACAUAAUAGCAUUCGUAUAUGAGCAUCGGACUCCCGACACACCUGGCAUGUGUGAGAUCAGCAUCACUUGUGCAUACCGCACCGUGUUUUACCUUUCCAUUGACGUGUGUCACGCACGCAACUCACACAGCAUGUACAAUUCCACUGCACAUGGGUUUAGCCAUCCCCUUGUCACCGGAGGACAUGCACUCGCAUGAUUGCGAGUUUGCACGAAGAGACAAGUAUCUAUAUGCGAGAGGCAGGAGAGGGCGGCAGGCUUGUGGUCGUGGCUUGUAGUGCAGGGCGCAGUGGGCGCAGUCUGCCCUGGACGUGUGCCACGCGUGCGGUGUGUGUGUGUGUGUGUGUGUGUGUGUGUGUGUGUGUAUGUGUGUAUGUGUGUAUGUGUGUGUGUGUGUGUGUGUGUGCGUGUGUGUGUGUGUGUGUGUGUGUGUGUGUUCUCAAAGGGCAAAACGAAAGACUACGCACAGGACGUGUGUGUUUAAGGGAAACGCGUGUGCGCGCGCGUGUACUUCUUUUAUUAUUACACUUCACAGAACGUAUAACAUGCUACAAGCAGAGAUGCAAAUGCGUAAAGCUGGUUGCUACUCGCCGGGGCUGGCAACGGCUGGCGGAACUGCAGGGUCGUCAUCAGAGUUGGCUCGACGCCAGUUUACUGAGCGAGGGGUGGGUCUGCGGAUCAUGUACCGACGGAUGGCGGGCAUCUCGAUUAUGGUGGGCUGUACAGGACGUUGCAUACGUGUAUAGUGCCUUACGUGUGAUUUGUGUGCGUGCAUGUGAUUCAAACCGGCAGUUCACGGAGCUUGCGCGCGCCAAGUCUCCAAACACUGAAGGGCUCCACACGGUGGGGUGCUCUUUUGUCGGCGUGUACGCUUUUUAGAGCGUAACAUUUGAGUAAUUAUCGCCAUGCAUAAGGGGGGCGCACAGGGUCUUGCCAUGGACUUUAUUGCCCAGUGGGCCAAGCGCGGGGGUGGAGACUGCUGCCGUACGUGCUGCCUUGUUGUGUUCCGCAUACAUGUCGCGCACAGAUGUGGCUCUAAAGAGAAGCCAUUCACGCACAAGCAGCCGAGGAAAGUCUGAUGCAUCAACACCGUUGCACAGCGGGUUGUGUGUAUGCAGUUGGCGAGCUUAUGACACGCCGAGUUAUGUGUUUACCCUUUUCCUUGUCACGGGUUGUUGACUCAGCCGUUGACCGCGUUGAUCACCGAUUUCCAUUCUUGUUGACUUGUACUGGGAGUCCACGAAUGACCCUGCGUGUGACUCUGACCGCUUGCUUUAUACGGUAAGCUUCGGUGCAUGGGGCGCGCCCUUAGCAAGGGCGGCAGGCUCGGCAGGCUGUCUGCUAGGGCCGUUGCUUUUCCAUUCUUGUGGCCAAACAUUCGUGAAACGUGCCGCUGCUGCUCCUUGACUGGCUUGAGAAUGCCGCCCGGGGCUGUUGAGGCUUUGCGCACUGGAACAGAUUAAGAGUGGAGUUGCGCUGGGCACUAUGAGAUGCAGGGUGCUGCCCGUGUCAGCGGGUGAUGAGCGGCUUGGCGGCUGUGUUGAGACGACAUCCCUUGUCACAGAUAGCAGACCGCGGGUGGAAAACUGGACAUGGUACGGUAUACUUAGGAGGACAAGGCGCGGAGCACUUUCGACCCAGCCGCGCAGGUCCGCCGCCACCCAGUGCGUGCCCCUGCACGGACAUGCGAAGCCCUGCUGGCUGUCGGGUCCUUGCGCGGCCGCGUCUGGCUGUGGUAAUCCUUGGUGAGGGUGCGGCUAAAGUGCAUGUUGUAUUGCGUAUUAAUGGUCAGCGGAACGGAGGCGGCUUACUAUGUUACAGUGCACUGGAGACGCAUAGGGCCUGUGCUGGAUGCAAACCUGUCCGCGGCUGGGAGGCUGUGGGGACUGCUGUGCACGUGUGCAACCCACUGCAGCAUCCCGCCCCUGCCAAGUUGCAUGUUGCCAUGCUGGGAUUGGCGGCCUCCCAAUCUAGCACGUAGUAAGCGAACGAAUGUAAAUUGUUGCCAGG